UACCAGCGCGCCGCGGAGCUCGGCGACGUGGACGCGAUGGUAUUCCUUGGGGAAUUGUACGAGCGUGGAAGUGGCGUCAAGCUGGACAAGAAGAAGGCGAUGAAGCUGUAUCGUCCGGCCGCGGACCGGGGCCACGCAGACGCGCAGACCCAUGUAGGGAUUUUACUUGAUUCUGAGCAGAAAUUUGAAGAGGCGUUCCGGUACUUCGCGCUCGCGGCGGAUCAAGGCAAAACCGCUGCAGAGAUUCUCCUUGGCUGCUAUUUCAGGGACGGAGAAGGCACGGAAGUCGACCUCGGCAAAGCCAGGUACUGGUUCGAGCGCGCCGCU